AUGGCUGAAGUUCUCAUGGCUGUGGAGCGCAACCGUGAGGCUCAGAAUACUAUCCUUCAGCAAAUCGCUGCAAGUGCAGCUGCUGCUGCCGCCCAAAUUGCCCGAAGUGCGGGCGGUGGUGGACACCAAGUCGCCGGGGGACUCGCUGAAUUUCAGCGUACUCAACCUCCGGUGUUCACUCGCUCCGAUGAUCCACUUGAUGCUGAUGAUUGGCUUCGCACCAUCGAGCGGAAGCUCACUCUCAUUCGCUGCCCCGACGCUGAGAAGACCAACCUAGCAGCCGAGCAACUCCAAGGCGCAGCUGGUGAUUGGUGGGAGAACUUUCUCGCCAUGCAACCUGCUGGCCAUGCCAUCACAUGGCCGGAAUUUCGCAAUGCUUUUCGGGCUGCCCAUGUGCCGAAAGGUAUUAUGGACCUCAAGCAACGUGAGUUCCUAUCUCUCACCCAAGGCAACAAAUCUGUCAUGGAGUACCUCCGCGAGUUCAACCACUUGGCUCGCUACGCUCCGGACGAUGUCAAUACCGAUGCCCGCAAGCAAAAUCGGUUUAUGAAUGGGUUAUCAGCAGAGAUGCAACUUGAGCUUGCUGCCCACUCUUUUCUGGACUUCCAGGACCUUGUCAACAGGUCUGUGGUCGUGGAAAGCAAGAUGAACAACCUUGAGAAUGAGCGCAAGCGCAAGCGGGCUGCGCAGAUUUCAGCCGCGGGUGGUUCGCAAAAACCACGUGGUUGGCAGCAACCCCCUCCACGCUAUCAAGCUCCACCACCUCCUCGUCGGCAGGGAUUUGUGCCACGCCCACCUCAGCAGCGUGUCACACUUCCUGUUGGCGGAAAUCAGCAAGCCGUUCGCCCGCCUGUUCGCUCCAACAACUGCUUCAAUUGUGGGCAAGCGGGCCACUACAUCAACCAAUGCCCGUACCCUCGUCGUGCACAAGAGCAGGGGCCAAGAGCAGCAGCACCACGUCCCAAUCCGUCUCCGAGGGCAGCACCUCAGGGUCAGCAAAAUCAGAAGAGGGGCCGUGUGAAUCACGUCACCGCCGAGGAGGCGAACAAUGCACCGGAUGUUCUUGUCGGUACGCUACUUGUCCAUUCAUAUCCAGCUAGUGUGUUGUUUGAUUCUGGAGCUACACAUUCAUUUGUCACCAAAGGUUUUGCAUCAGACCAUAAACUCCCCAUUAGUAGGUUGCACCCACCUUUAAUUAUUACAUCACCUGGUUCGGAAAUGAGAGCUGAAUUUAUUAGCCGGGACACAAAAAUCAUUGCACAAGGGGUAGAAUUCACCGCCGACCUUAUCAUCCUUCACACAAAGGGUUUAGAUGUCAUCCUAGGCAUGGAUUGGCUACAAAAAAAUCAUGGGGUUAUCGACUGUGGCCUUCGUCUAAUUACACUCAAAAAUAACACCGGCGAACCGAUCUUUCUUGCACUUGAUGAUCAUCCUCCACAACUCCACGCUCUUUCGGGUGCCAAAACCAAUGAUAUAGCUGCUGUACCAGUGGUGUGUGAGUACCCCGAUGUUUUCCCAGAGGAACUACCGGGCAUGCCACCGGACCGGGAAGUUGAGUUCGUCAUCGACUUGCUGCCCGGAACGGCCCCGAUAUCGAAAAGACCGUAUCGGAUGCCUCCAAAUGAAUUAGAAGAGUUGAAAAAGCAACUCACUGAGCUGCAAGCAAAGGGGUUCAUUAGGCCAAGCUCCUCACCAUGGGGAUGUCCGGCUCUCUUUGUAAAGAAGAAGGACCGCAGCUUGCGGAUGUGUGUUGAUUAUCGCCCAUUGAAUGAAGUCACCGUCAAGAACAAGUAUCCACUGCCCCGAAUUGAUGAUCUCUUUGACCAAUUAACCGGAGCUCAUGUGUUCUCCAAAAUUGAUUUAAGGUUGGGAUAUCAUCAAAUAAAAAUCAGAUCGGAGGAUAUCCCAAAAACAGCCUUCUCCACCCGUUACGGUCUAUAUGAGUACACCGUCAUGUCCUUCGGUUUAACCAAUGCACCGGCAUACUUCAUGAGCUUGAUGAAUUUGAUUUUCAUGGAGUAUCUUGAUCAGUUUGUGGUCAUUUUUAUUGAUGACAUACUAAUCUACUCAAAAUUCAAAGAAGAACAUGAGAAGCACCUCCGCCUUGUAUUGGAAAAAUUACGUGAGCACCGUCUAUAUGCCAAGUUUAGCAAAUGUGAGUUUUGGUUGAAAGAAGUUGGAUUUCUUGGUCAUGUAUUAUCUGAAGGUGGAGUUUCUGUAGAUCCAACUAAUGUUCAGAAGGUGUUAGAUUGGGGACAACCCAAAAAUCCGUCCGACAUCAGGAGUUUUCUUGGUCUAGCCGGCUACUACCGUCGGUUUAUCGAGAAUUUCUCCAAAAUUGCUAAACCCAUGACCCAAUUGCUAAAGAAGAAUGAGAAGUUUGCGUGGUCAGCUGAGUGUGAAGCAAGUUUUCAAUCUUUGAAAGAAAAGUUAACCACAGCACCCGUUCUUGUUUUACCCGAUAUCCACAAAAGCUUCGAUAUCUAUUGCGAUGCAUCCCGUCAAGGACUCGGUUGUGUUCUUAUGCAAGAGGGCCGAGUUGUGGCUUAUGCAUCUCGUCAACUGAGACCUCAUGAGUUGAAUUAUCCAACCCAUGACCUUGAAUUAGCUGCUGUUGUCCAUGCUCUAAAAAUAUGGCGACACUAUCUUAUCGGCAACCGUUGUGAAAUCUACACCGACCACAAAAGCUUGAAAUAUAUCUUCUCCCAAUCAGAUCUGAACCUAAGACAAAGAAGGUGGUUAGAACUCAUCAAAGAUUAUGACAUGGGUCUACAUUAUCACCCGGGGAAGGCCAAUGUUGUUGCCGAUGCAUUGAGCCGAAAACCGCAAUGCAAUUGCUUGUCGGUAAAACCCCGAUUGGAGACCUUAUGUUGGGAAAUUCAGAAACUUGGUUUAGAAAUAGUACCACCUGGUUUUCUUGCUGCCCUAGAAGUCAAAUCAACUCUCUAUGAGCAGAUCAAAGAAGCCCAAAAGAAUGACAAAGGCAUGGCUCGAAUUCGAGCUAAAAUGACUGAGGGCAAAGCCAAAUGUUUCACUCAAGAUUUGGAUGGUGUUCUAUGCUUUGGAAAGCGAUUGGUUGUGCCAAAGAACCACCAAUUGCGCCAACUAAUCCUUAGUGAAGCUCAUGACACUCCCUUUUCAAUCCACCCAGGUAGUACCAAGAUGUACCAAGACCUUAAGCAAAAAUUAUGGUGGACCCGUAUGAAGCGGGAAGUUGCACGGUAUGUUGUCGAGUGUGACACUUGUCGAAGGCCUGCACAUGCAUCGGUUGCUGAGGGAGAUCGAGAAGAAAAGAGGAGCUUGCUGCUUGGUGCAGAGCAGCAGCAGCAGCAGUUGUUUUCCUCCUCUUGGUCACCGGUUCAAGAUUUGAAGGCUAGUAGCAGGCUGCAAACUGUUUUCUCUUCUUCGGUGACAACAGCUCGGUGUCUUUGCUUCCCUGUUUUGAUUUGGAGAAUCCGGAGAGUACCGAGCCAUAUCCAGAGGAGGAUAGUGACUACCCUCAGCAGGAAGGUGAGGAUUCCGGGUAUGAGUUGUGCUUCUUGUGUGGUCACUGCUCUGCCGGGGGUGGCGAGGGCAGUGAGUGAUCCCUUCUCUUGCAGCUUGGCUCUUGCCCGGUUGGUUUGCCCUUGUGGGGUUGUGGCACCACCGGCUUUCGUUUUAUGCUUAUGAGCUUUAUUUGAGUCUUCCGCUGCUACUCAUUCUGUGUAUGUUGGGACCUUGGACCCUAUGUUGUAUCAUGUAC